AUGGACGAAAAUGCGCUCUUCAAAUACUUUUCUAGCGGUUGCUUCGGCCUCAAAGAUUUCUUCCGACCUGUGGAAGAUUGGGAAAACAUUGUCAGUCUUUCUGCCAAUUUUUCUGGGGCCGAGUAUACUCCUGAGAUCCUGAAGGGCUUCAAAAACGAUCAGCUUCAUGAGCUUUGGUAUGUUCUUUUGAGGCAUAAGAAUCUUAUCCGAACGGAAAAGUACGAAGCAUGGAGAAAGAAGAAGACCUAUGAAUACAAAGUAGACCCAGAAGAAAUUGUCUCUCAUAGUAUGUUCAAUAUCAAAGAAGAAAUAAAAAGGAGGAAUCAAACUGUCGAGCGGAAGCGAAGAAGACCGCGGAGAAUGGAGAUGACAACUCUUUACGAUACGUCUGGAAUCGGCAGUGGUAGUGAAGUCGAGCUUGAUGCUCAUGUUCUGCCCCCAACAUCAGAGUCUCCAAAAGGCUAUCCUGAGAAUAUGGACACGCAUCACAUUAAUAACUACUAUCCAAUGGAUGUUGAGCAGCCAGCUGCGAUAUCUUUCUACGACAAGAAUGAUAUGGAUAAAAUGUCACUUCAAGAAGACGCGGCGAUGCAGGAGCACUACUUCUUCGCUAAAAUUAAUAAAAUGUGGACACAUUAUAAAGGCAAGCAGUCGCAAAUCCUUUCGCCCGAAGAGUAUCAAAAUAGACUUGAAGAUGGCUAUUAUCCAGAAGAAGUUCCAGACUGGUUCCGCGAUAUGUUCAUGCACGAUGAUAUGUGGACGUACGGGAUCUGGGCGCAGCACGGCGUCCUCGCCCACAAAGAAGUCUUCUCCGGCCAAAAAGAAAGACCUUUCCUUGCUCGAGACUAUGCUAAUGAAAAGCGCCCGUAUAACUAA